CCCCGGAGACCCUGAGACUCCCCGCCACUGCCCCCGGGCCUCGACCGGCCCCUUCCCUGCCGCUCAUCCCCAGGUCUCUCAGCUCCUGGCCCUGGGGAUUGGAUUGCCCCCUCCUCCUCCGGCCGGUGUUUCUGGGUUGUCCUCCAUCCGGCCCCUUUCCAGCGACGCCCCCCCCCCCCCAACGCCGCCCGCUUCUCCCGUGCUGGCCCCCACUCCCGACGCCCGCGUUGUCCCCGCAGGGCUCGGAAGGGAGGCCGGCGCCCCUCUGUCCCUGGGGUUGCGGGCCGGGCGGGGGCUGGGCGCCCCGCAGUCCAGGUGGGCAGGGCAGCAGACCCGGCGCCGCCCCUCCGGACUCCGGACCUUCCGUGGGUGAACGCUGCCCGGCUGGGUGGACGUCGUGUGCUGGCUGCUGUCGUGGGGUCACUAGGAAAGUUUGAUUUCUGAGUGAGGCAGAUGGAAUCGGGCAUAGUUGUAAAGACAAGCCCCAAGUGGGGGGGGUGAUCCUGGAAGUGGUGGUGAAAUUGGGAAGGUGGUUGUUCUGUGGGCCCGUGUAAGUCUCACCUGUGGGACAGACCAGUGUAGACCUCCAUUCGGCGUUGAUCUGCAUCCUGGCCUCGGUGUGCACGCUAAGUUCUCAGGGCCUCUCAUUAGUUGGCAGUAGAAUAGCAGUCUUGAAAAACAGCCUGACCGAAGAUGCUGGAAUUUAGAUAAUUUGGCAGGUUAGAAGAAUAGCUAUAUAAUCAACAUUCUACAUUGUUAGAAUAAACGUUAUUUUAAAAGUCUUGAAGCGUCAGAAACGUAAAGGAGAUGUAAUGCUCAAACUACCUGGUCGUCUAUUGGGACAUGCAGCAGAUUGGAACAAAUAUGAUGACCGAUUGAUGAAAGCAGCAGAAAGGGGAGAUGUGGAAAAAGUGUCCUCAAUCCUUGCAAAAAAAGGUGUGAAUCCCGGCAAACUAGAUGUGGAAGGCAGAUCUGCCUUUCAUGUUGUGGCCUCAAAGGGCAAUCUGGAGUGUCUGAAUGCCAUCCUCAUACAUGGAGUUGAUAUUACGAUCGGUGACACUGCAGGGAGGAAUGCUCUUCAUCUGGCUGCAAAGUAUGGACAUGCAUUGUGUCUACAAAAACUUCUACAGUACAAUUGUCCCACUGAACAUGUAGACCUGCAGGGAAGAACUGCACUUCAUGAUGCAGCCAUGGCAGACUGUCCUUCUAGCAUACAGCUGCUUUGUGACCAUGGGGCCUCAGUGAAUGCCAAAGAUGUAGAUGGGCGGACGCCACUUGUUCUGGCUACUCAGAUGUGUAGGCCAACAAUAUGUCAACUGCUGAUAGAUAGAGGGGCAGACAUUAAUUCCAGAGACAAACAAAACAGGACUGCUCUCAUGCUAGGUUGCGAGUAUGGCUGCAAAGACGCAGUAGAAGUCUUAAUGAAAAAUGGCGCUGAUGUAACCUUGCUGGAUGCCCUUGGUCAUGAUUGUUUUUACUAUGCAAGAAUUGGCGACAAUCUGGAUAUUCUGACCUUACUGAAGACUGCAUCAGAAAAUACCAACAGAGGGAGAGAACUUUGGAAGAAAGGACCAUCUUUACAACAGCGAAAUUUGACACAGAUGUUAGAUGAAGUAAAUAUGAAGUCAAGUCAGAGGGAGCAUCAGAACAUUCAGGAUCUAGAAAUUGAAAAUGAGGAUCUGAAAGAGAGGUUGAGAAAAAUUCAGCAAGAACAAAGAAUAUUAUUGGAUAAAGUCAAUGGCUUACAACUACAGCUGAAUGAGGAGGUAAUGGUUGCUGAUGAUCUGAAAAGUGAGAAAGAAAAGCUGAAGUCCCUUUUGGCAACUAAAGAAAAGCAACAAGAGGAAAGCCUAAGAACUAUUGAAGCUCUGAAAAAUAGAUUCAAGUAUUUUGAGAGUGAUCAUUUAGGAUCAGGAGGUCAUUUUAGUAACCGAAAAGAAGAUAUGCUUCUUACACAAGGUCAGAUGUACAUGACAGACUCACAGUGUACUUCCUUAGGCAUGCCAGCCCAUAUGCAGAGCAGAUCUAUGUUAAGACCCCUGGAGCUAUCCUUACCCAAUCAAACCUCAUAUUCGGAAAAUGAGAUUUUGAAAAAAGAGUUAGAAGCAAUGAGAACUUUCUGUGAGUCAGCAAAACAAGACAGGCUCAAGCUCCAAAAUGAGCUGGCGCACAAGGUAGCUGAGUGUAAAGCAUUAGCAUUGGAAUGUGAAAGGGUUAAGGAAGACUCAGAUGAGCAGAUAAAGCAACUGGAAGACGCCUUGAAAGAUGUGCAGAAGAGAAUGUAUGAGUCAGAAGGUAAAGUAAAGCAAAUGCAGACACACUUUCUUGCCCUGAAAGAACACCUAACAAGCGAAGCAUCUACCGGGAACCACAGACUGAUGGAGGAGCUGAAGGAUCAGCUCAGAGACAUGAAAGUGAAGUAUGAAGGUGCAUCUGCGGAAGUGGGGAAAUUAAGAAACCAAAUCAAACAAAAUGAGAUGUUAGUCGAAGAGUUUAAGAGGGAUGAGGGCAAGCUGAUGGAAGAGAAGAAGCAACUGCAGAAGGAGUUGGGCAUGUGUGAUGUGGAGCGAGAGCAGAGAGUAAGGAAGGUCACUGAGAUGGAAGGCCAGUUAAAGGACUUGUCAGCCAAGCUGGCCCUUUCCAUCUCAGCAGAGAAGUUUGAAAGCAUGAAGAGCUUGUUAUCCAGUGAAGUAAAUGAGAAGGCUAGAAAAUUAGCAGAGAUGGAAGGAGAGUAUGAGAGAUCACUUAGCGAGAUUAGGUCAUUAAAGAGAGAACUUGAGAAUUCGAAGGCCAAACUGGCUCAGCAUGUCAAACCAGAGGAACAUGAGCAGCUCAAGAGCAGAUUAGAGCAAAAAUCAGGAGAACUUGGGAAGAAAAUCACUGAGUUAACAUCGAAAAAUCAGAUGUUACAAAAGGAAAUUGAAAAGGUCCAUCUGGAUAAUAAACUCCUCAAUCAACAAGUACAUAACUUAACAACCGAAAUGAAAAAUCAUUAUGUUCCUUUAAAAGUAAGUGAAGAAAUGAAAAAGUCACAUGAUGUAGUUGUUAAUGAUUUGAAUAAAAAGCUUUCAGAUGUGACACACAAAUAUACAGAAAAGAAGUUGGAAAUGGAGAAAUUGGUGAUGGAAAAUGCCAGUUUAAGUAAGAAUGUUAGCCGCCUGGAAACUGUGUUUGUACCUCCUGAGAAACACGAAAAAGAGAUAAUGGCUCUGAAAUCCAGUAUUGCUGAACUUAAGAAACAGCUAGCUGAACUUAAUAAAAAAUGUGAUGAAGAUCAAGAGAAAAUAUAUUCGCUUGUGUCUGAGAACACUAACUUGAAAAAGGCGAUGAGUAAUCAGUAUGUGCCAGUGAAGACCCACGAGGAGAUUAAAACUGCAUUGAGUAGCACGUUGGAUAAAGCCAACAGAGAAUUAGUAGAUGUGAAGAAGAAGUGUGAAAACAUAAAUCAGGAAUUUGUGAAAAUGAAAGAUGAGAAUGAGACAUUAAAGAGAAGCCUGGAGAAUACUCAGAACCAAGUGAAAGCUGAGUACAUCAGUCUAAGAGAGCACGAGGAAAAGAUGAGUGCUGUGAGGAAGAGCAUGAAGAAGGUCCAGGACAGCAGUGCUGAAGUAUUAGCUAACUACAAAAAAGGCCAGGAGGAGAUCGUGACUCUGCAUGCUGAGAUCGAAGCCCAGAAAAGGGAACUCGACACAAUACAAGAAUGCAUCAAGCUAAAAUAUGCUCCGAUUAUCAGCUUUGAAGAGUGUGAGAGAAAAUUUAAAGCCACCGAGAAAGAAUUAAAAGAACAGUUAUCUGAGCAGACACAAAAGUGCAAUGUCACUGAAGAAGAGGUCAAGAAAUGCAAGCAAGAGAAUGACAAGUUAAAGAAGGAGAUCUUCACUCUUCAGAAGGACUUAAAGGACAAGAAUGUUCUGGUUGAGAAUUCUCAUGAAAUGGAAAGAGCAUUCAGCAGAAAAACAGAAGAGCUGAACAGACAGUUAAAAGACCUACUGCAGAAGUACACAGAGGUAAAGGGUGAGAAAGAGAAGCUAGCGGAGGAAAAUGCCAAGCAAUCUUCUGAGAUCCUUGCAGCGCAGACUCUUUUGCAGAAACAGCACAUGCCGCUGGAACAGGUUGAGGCCCUGAAAAAGUCUCUUAAUAGCACAAUUGAGACGCUCAAGGAAGAACUGAAGACUAAGCAAAGGUGUUAUGAGAAAGAGCAGCAGACAGUGACCCAGCUGCGCCAGAUGCUGGAGAAUCAGAAGAACUCGUCUGUGCCCCUGGCAGAGCAUUUGCAAAUUAAGGAAGCAUUUGAGAAAGAAGUUGGAAUCAUAAAAGCUAGCUUGAGAGAAAAGGAAGAAGAAAGCCAAAACAAAACCGAAGAGGUCUCCAGACUCCAGUCUGAGAUUCAGAAUACUAAGCAAACAUUAAAAAAACUAGAGACUAGGGAGGUGGUUGAUCUGUCUAAAUAUAAAGCAACAAAAAGUGAUUUGGAGACACAGAUUUCCAACUUAAAUGAAAAAUUGGCCAAUCUGAAUAGGAAGUAUGAGGAAGUAUGUGAGGAGGUUUUGCAUGCCAAAAAGAAGGAGCUGUCUGCAAAAGAUGAGAAGGAAUUGCUCCAUUUCAGCAUUGAACAAGAAAUCAAGGAUCAGCAAGAACGAUGCGAUAAGUCCUUAACAACAAUCACAGAGUUACAGAGAAGAAUACAGGAAUCCGCCAAACAAAUUGAAGCGAAAGAUAAUAAGAUAACUGAACUGCUUAACGAUGUGGAAAGACUGAAACAGGCGCUCAAUGGCCUUUCCCAGCUCACCUACUCGAGCGGGAGUCCCAGCAAGAGGCAGAGUCAGCUGAUUGAGAGUCUGCAGCACCAGGUCAAGUCCCUGCAACAGCAGCUGGCUGAUGCUGACAGACAGCACCAAGAAGUAAUUGCAAUUUAUCGGACACACCUUCUUAGUGCUGCACAGGGUCACAUGGAUGAAGAUGUGCAGGCGGCCUUACUCCAGAUCAUACAGAUGCGGCAGGGGCUUGUGUGCUAGCGUCAGCACCCACCAGCCGACCAGCUCUCCCUGUGGGUGCUGAGCAUUCUGUGUGCAACUCCAUGGCCUUUCCAGGCCUCACUGUGCGAGUAUAAUUAAAAUAAAGUAUAUUUUGAUCCAUCAGUAGGUUUUUUUAAUUAGGUGGUUAUGUUACAGAGUUUUUCAGUAUAUGUUCAAAUCUUAUAUUCUAUAUAUGUUAAUUUUACAAUUAGACAAACAGGGUAACAUUUUGCCUUGGGUUGGCUACCUAAUUUUAAAUGGUUGUGUCCCUAGUAAAACUGAAGCCAUCUGAGUGAAUCCGUGUAAAGAGGGGUUAGACCGAAAUAAUUAUUUUUUUUUAUUUUUAAUUUUUUUUGUCUUUUUGACAUUUCUUGGGCCGCUCCCGCAGCAUAUGGAGGUUCCCAGGCUAGGGGUCGAAUCGGAGCUGUAGCCACCAGCCUAUGCCAGAGCCACAGCAACGCGGAAUCCAAGCCGCGUCUGCAACCUACACCACAGCUCACGGCAAUGCCGGAUCCUUAACCCACUGAGCAAAGCCAGGGAUCGAACCCGCAACCUCAUGGUUCCUAGUCGGAUUCGUUAACCACUGCGCCAUGACGGGAACUCCCCCGAAAUAAUUAUUUAAAGGUUUCUUUCAGAGAAAUUAACUGAGUUGAAUCAAAACUCAAUUAAUGGAUCAAAAGAUCCUUCAGAUCUUCAGUCAAUCCAUGAGACUUAAUGCAGUUUCAAGGAAUGCAUAGUGACUUGGCUGGCCAAGUUGCAUUUUUAUUGAAGUAACUUAAUGAAUGCCUUUGAGUUCUUUUGGAGGUACAGAUUUUUUUUUUAUACUAGUAACUUUUAUGCAUUUUUAAAUAAAUUUCUUUUCACAAAUGGUUUGUAGUGCUAAAUUACAUUUAGGCUAAGAACAGGCAAAGGUAGAACAUAUCAGGAAUUUAUAAUAAAAUUGCCUCAUAAUCUCUACAACAGUAUCCAGAUUUUCUCUUCUGGUAACUUUUCUUGCCUAAAUGGUAUACGAGAUAUAUCUCAAAGUGUCAAAAGUUUUAGACUUUUUUUUAGUAAUUACUCUGACAUUUGCUACUAUAGUAACCAAGCACUCAUUAUAUAUGCAUCCUCCAAAUGUUUUGUACUUAUUUAUAGGAAAAUUGCACUAAUGAGAUUAAUAAUGUGAAAUGCAGUUUUCUUGCAAAAUUAGCAUUAGAGAAUUGAUUUUAGAAGACAGAUCUUUAAGGUACAAAAGUGCAAUAAAAUAGUAAACUAUAGGAAUAUAGAUAGCAAGAAAAUAAUAAAAGUGGACUUGUUUAUAGUAAAUAUUGUAACCAACCAUUUUUAUUAACUAUAUCUAUAUCUCAUUAAGGGAAAGUUUAUAUGUUUUGUUAUUAAUAUUUUGUUUAUGGUUCAGAUUGAAAAUUACUAAUUUGACUGUUAGCAAAUAAACUAAACAAGUGAACCAUUUCAGCCAAGUUUUUUUUAAUUGUAAAGUGUGUCUUAGAAAUAAUCUUUGAGCAUCCUGAAGCAGAUUUUUUAUCUCAUUUUUGUGAAAUAACAAGGACAAAGGACCUUCAGAAUAGCUUCUCCCACCAAAUGAUAAGCCAUCUUGUUUCUUCAGCAUGGAAACAACAGUGAAAAGUCAGAACUGGAUUAAUUUUUCUUUAGGUAGGUAUACGCAGUUUACAUAAGCAGUGCCUUUAAUUUUUGUUUUUUUGGCCACACCGGCAACAAGUGGAAAUUCCUCGGCCAGGGAUCAAACCCAUGCUGCAACUGCAACUUGUGCUACAACUGUGGCAACACCAGAUCCUUAAGCCACUGUACCACAUGGGAACUUCCUGGAUUAUUUAAUUUUUAUAUUUAAUGUUGUCAUUCAGCAUGAGUUUUAUUCAUGAGUUUUAGGUUACCAAUUGAAGCUCUGGAGUGGAGAAUAUUCUUAACUGAAUAUUCACAUUUCAGCAUAUUUUCCUCAUUAGGGUUGGAAAGGAACCCCUAUAUAUGUUUAUAUGUGUUUCCUUUUGUCUUCAACCAUCAAUAAAAUGUUUUCAGUGGAA